AUGGGGAAGGUAGGAUUCACAGAGCCAUGCCUGGCAAGGGAUCCAAAAGGAGGGAGCUGUAGGCAGCAACUAUCAGGUAUCAAUAGGUAUCAACAAGCUAGAGUCAGGCCACAAGUUGGCCGGACACAGGAGGUUGGGGACAGUUCAGUGGCCUAUGUCCAGCAUGGGCCCAAUGUGCCAGCUUCCUGGAGAGCUGGCCCCUCCCUGCCUGAGCUCUCAGUGGGGGACCAGGCAGCUGGGAGCCAGCCCUGCCCACACCCAGAGCACCAGCUGGAGGCCAGCAGGCUGGCCAGCCACUACAAACAAGGGGUACGGGCAACCAUGAGAAGGAGCCAGGAUGAGUAUCCAUGGGACACCCAUCAACCAGAAUGUACAGACCAGGGGUUCAGGAGUUCAAGGUCAUAUUGGCUGCCUAUUGAGUUUAAAGUCAGCCAGAGCUAUAUGAAACCUUGUCUCGAAAAGGAAAGUUCCGGGCUUCUGGGGGCCUUUGGAGCAGGCCCUGGAGGAAUCGCCGGUGCUGGCCCUGGGGCAGGUCUCGGGGCCUUUCCUGCAGGCACCUACCCAGGGGCAGGAGGUGUGGUACCUGGUGCAGCAGCCGCAGGAGCUCUGUUGCCCGGAGCAGGGGCAGCUGCAGCUUAUAAAGCUGCUGCCAAAGCCGGGGUCGGGCUUGGUGGAGUCGGUGGCGUUCCUGGUGCUGGAGUUGGUGGAGUUGGUGGAGUUGGUGGAGUCCCUGGUGUCGGAAUUGGCGGCGUCCCUGGUGGUGUUGGUGGUCUUGGUGGCAUCGGUGGCUUAGGAGUAUCAACAGGUGCUGUGGUGCCACAAGUCGGAGCUGGAGCCGCUGGAGUCGGAGCGGGAGCAAAGCCUGGAAAGGUUCCAGGUGUUGGUCUUCCAGGUGUGUACCCAGGCGGAGUGCUCCCGGGCACAGGAGCUCGGUUCCCAGGUGUGGGGGUACUCCCUGGAGUUCCCACUGGCACAGGAGUCAAGGCCAAGGCUCCAGGUGGAGGUGGUGCUUUUGCUGGAAUCCCAGGGGUUGGGCCCUUUGGGGGACAGCAGCCUGGUGUCCCACUGGGUUACCCCAUCAAAGCACCAAAGUUGCCAGGUGGCUACGGACUGCCUUAUACCAAUGGGAAGUCACCCUAUGGAGUGGCUGGUGCAGGGGGCAAAGCUGGCUACCCAACAGGGACAGGGGUUGGAUCACAGGCAGCAGCAGCAGCAGCUAAAGCAGCCAAGUAUGGUGCUGGAGGAGCUGGAGUCCUUCCUGGUGUUGGAGGGGCUGGCAUUCCUGGUGGUGCUGGUGCAAUUCCUGGGAUUGGAGGCAUUGCAGGUGCUGGGACUCCCGCAGCAGCUGCUGCUGCAAAGGCUGCUGCUAAGGCUGCUAAGUAUGGAGCUGCUGGAGGCUUAGUACCUGGUGGACCAGGAGUUAGGGUCCCAGGUGUUGGAAUCCCAGGUGUUGGGAUCCCAGGUGUUGGUGGUAUUCCAGGUGUUGGUGGCAUCCCAGGUGUUGGUGGCAUCCCAGGUGUUGGUGGCAUCCCAGGUGUUGGUGGCAUUCCAGGUGUUGGUGGCAUCCCAGGUGUUGGGGGCCCAGGGGCUGUGUCACCAGCUGCUGCUGCUAAAGCUGCUGCCAAAGCUGCCAAAUAUGGAGCCAGAGGUGGAGUUGGCAUUCCAACAUAUGGAGUUGGUGCUGGGGGCUUUCCUGGCUAUGGUGUUGGAGCCGGAGCCGGGCUCGGAGGUGCAGGCCAAGCAGCUGCUGCCGCCGCCAAAGCUGCUAAAUAUGGUGCUGGAGGAGCCGGAGGCCUGGGAGGCCUGGUGCCAGGUGUAGGAGCAGGUGGAGUACCAGGGGCAAUACCAGGUGUACCAGGUACUGGUGGAGUGCCAGGAGCAGGUACCCCUGCAGCUGCAGCUGCUGCCGCCGCUGCCAAGGCAGCCGCCAAAGCAGGCCAGUAUGGUUUGGGCCCUGGCGUUGGUGGGGUUCCUGGCGGAGUUGGUGUUGGUGGGGUUCCUGGUGGAGUUGGUGUUGGUGGGGUUCCCGGAGGAGUCGGCCCUGGUGGUGUUACUGGCAUUGGAACUGGUCCCGGCAUCGGCCUUGUACCUGGUGGUAUUGGAGGAGCAGGGACGCCAGCUGCGGCCAAGUCUGCUGCUAAGGCAGCCGCCAAAGCCCAGUACAGGGCUGCUGCCGGACUUGGGGCUGGUGUCCCUGGAUUUGGGGCAGGUGCUGGUGUCCCUGGAUUUGGGGCAGGUGCUGGUGUCCCUGGAUUUGGAGCAGGUGCCGGUGUCCCCGGAUUUGGAGCUGGAGCAGUCCCUGGAUCCCUGGCUGCAUCCAAAGCUGCUAAAUACGGAGCAGCAGGAGCUGGUGGCCUUGGGGGUGCUGGAGGUCUUGGAGGUGCUGGUGGCCUCGGAGGGCCUGGGGGUCUCGGUGGGGCUGGUGUUCCAGGUGGUGUAGCAGGAGCUGCACCUGCUGCUGCUGCUGCUGCUGCCAAGGCUGCUGCCAAGGCUGCCCAGUAUGGUCUUGGUGGAGCCGGUGGACUGGGGGCCGGUGGACUGGGGGCCGGUGGACUGGGGGCCGGUGGACUGGGAGCCGGUGGACUGGGGGCUGGUGGAGCAAUCCCCGGUGCUGCAGGCCUUGGAGGUGUAUCCCCAGCUGCAGCUGCUAAAGCAGCCAAAUAUGGUGCUGCUGGCCUUGGAGGUGUCCUAGGAGCCAGGCCAUUCCCAGGUGGAGGAGUGGCAGCAAGACCUGGCUUUGGACUUUCUCCUAUUUACCCAGGUGGUGGUGCUGGGGGCCUGGGAGUUGGUGGAAAACCCCCGAAACCCUAUGGAGGAGCCCUUGGAGCCCUGGGAUACCAAGGUGGGGGCUGCUUUGGGAAAUCUUGUGGCCGGAAGAGGAAGUGAUCUUCUGGAGACCCCUGACUCGCGACCUCAUCAACGUUGGUGCUACUGCUUGGUGGAGAAUGUAAACCUUCCAUGACUGCCCCCUACUCCAUCCCUCUGACCCCCACCUGGGAGGGGACAACAGGCCAGUGGCCUUAGAAACCCACAGGACAAGGAAACCAGACAGCAGCGGCCACGUACCCCUAACCAGAAAUAUCCCCCCCUCCAUCAGAGGCCAGGGCGGGUGCCCCAUCUCUUCCCACCCAGGAUCCCUCCACACAGUCUCCAUCUCCAAGAGAAAUUGGUGCUACAUGUUGGUGCUUCUUUUUCGUGGGGGGAGGGAGGAGGGAAGAGUAUCCCAGGGGGACCCUCCCUUCAUUGAAACCCCUCUAUUAAGAUGGUGCACACCUUUGUUGGGCAGUCCCACCUCCCCUGCCCAUCAGGAGCCAUCCCUGGAGGCAUCCCAUUGGUACCCAAGUGCCGAAAGCCUUGAUGCUGGAUUUGAUGACACAAUCCCUCUCUCUUUGGGUCCCUUGGCCCUAUCUCCCUCUACCAGUAGCUAUUUCCCACAUCUGGGACAUCUUGGAGUCGGGAAGGCUCCCCACACUGGGAAUAGCUCCCUUGUUCUUGUGGGAUCCACUUACCCCACCCAUUCAUCAAUCCAUCCAUCCGUCCAUCCCGACUGCCUAGGGCCACUAGCUGGCUGGGCACACCUACUUUCAACCUGGUUCACCCCCGUCAUGGCAGUCUGUACCCUGUUCCCACGCCCGCCACACACCCCAAAUGCUGGCCUGGGGUGCGAGGGGUUGUGUGAGCUGGGGCGGGACUAUCCUCCCCACAUGCAGUACUGUAUCCCCCAGUCCCUUCCUGGAGCCACUCCAUUACCGAGCAUGUCCCACCACCCCACCUCUUUGUGUUUCGCUGUGAUAGAUCAAUAAAUAUUUUAUUUUUUGUCCUGGAUAUUUGGGGAUGAUGUUUGAUUGUUGGUGUGCUUUUGGGUUUUAUUUUUAUGGUUAAUUGGGGGGGGGGGACCUUUUCUAGUCUGAGGAGCUGUAUCCUCAGGAGAAAAUUCAUUUUAAUCGCUUUGGUAUAACUCUGGAUGAAACACACAUUUUUUUAAAAACAAAAACAAAAUAAGAAAAGAAAAUUAACUGCUUUAGAAAAGACUAAUAAAUGAAAACCUUUUAAAGGAAA